AUGGGGCAGACUGCCUCUACACCACUCUCUCUCACCCUCACCCAUUGGUCAGAAGUAUCGGCCUGAGCCUCGAACCUGGCGGUUCGAGUGAAGAAAGGAAAGUGGCAGACUUUCUGUUCAUCUGAGUGGCCCACCUUUGGCGUGGGGUGGCCCGCUGAUGGCACUUUCGAUCUGAAUCUUGUUAGGGCAGUUAAACAGAAAAUGUUUAUUCCAGGCUCCCAUGGACAUCCGGACCAACAAGCCUACAUCUGGGUCUGGGAGGACUUGGUGCUGGACCCACCUAAGUGGGUCCGGUCGUUUCAGGUCGGCCCAUCCCCCGCCGCCCUACAGACUGCCGCCACAACCAGCAGGGGCAGAAUCCCGACUGGCCCUCUUCUCCCCUUCGGGGCGGCACAGGGCACCCGUCAAAGAAGGGCACGCCCUUAUGAUGAGGCCCCACCGGCGGUCACACUGCCCCUGCGCCCCAUUGGGGGAACCACUGAGGAUGGGGCUGGGGGAGACAUGCCUGCCCUCCAAUAUUGGCCAUUUUCUUCCUCAGAUUUAUAUAAUUGGAAAAAUAAUAAUCCACCCUUUUCUGAAGAUCCCACCCGACUAACCGGACUCCUAGAGUCCAUCAUGUUUUCCCACCAGCCUACGUGGGACGAUUGCCAGCAACUUCUGGGGGUCCUUUUCACCACGGAAGAAAGGGAACGCAUCCUCCUGGAAGCUAGAAAGUUGGUCCCUGGACCGGACGGGCAGCCAACCCAGCUCCCCAAUCUCAUUGAUGAGCGCUUCCCCCUGAGACGUCCGACCUGGGACCUGAACACUCCCGAAGGUAGUGAGCAUCUGUCCCUCUAUCGCCAGACUCUAAUGGCGGGUCUCCGAGCAGCGGCCAGAAGGCCCACUAAUUUGGCUAAGGUAGGUGAGGUUCUUCAAGGGCCUGAAGAAACCCCCUCUGCCUUCCUUGAGAGACUCAUGGAGGCAUAUAGAAGGUAUACCCCCUUUGACCCACAGUCAGAGGAAUUGAGGGGAACAGUGAGCAUGGCCUUUAUAGGGCAGUCUGCCACAGAUAUAAGGCAGAAGUUGCAGAGAUUAGAUGGAUUGCAAGGACUGAGCCUGAGAGAUCUGGUUAAAGAGGCAGAGAAGGUCUACUAUAAGCGAGAGACUGCGGAAGAAAAACAAGCGCGGCUGGAAAAAGAAAGAGAAGAAAAAGAAAAACAGCGACAAAAACGCCAAAAUCGGGAUUUGACACGGAUUCUUGCAGCUGCGGUAAGAGACGGGCCGGGGCCACUGGGGCGAGGAGGAGGAGGAGGCCGGGGAGGCCGCCCUCCUCUGGGACCAAAUCAAUGCACCUACUGUAAAGAGGAAGGUCACUGGGCCAGGGAAUGCCCGAAGAAGCAGAAAGGGCGAGGCCGACAGGUCCUCGCCCUUGGAGACUGAGGGAGUCAGGGUUCGGAUCCCCUCCCCGAGCUCCGGGUAACGUUUGAAGUGGAAGGGACCCCAGUGGACUUUGAGGUGGACACAGGGGCAGUCUAUUCAGCCAUCCAGCAUCUGCUGGGGCCUCUAUCUACCCGAAAGUCGCUGGUUCAAGGAGCGAAUGGAAGCAGAGAGAGACCCUGGACCACCCAGAGAACAGUCAACUUGGGAAAAGGUACUGUACAACAUUCCUUCCUGGUCCUGCCCGACUGUCCGGCACCGCUCUUAGGUAGAGACCUCCUGACAAAACUGGGAGCCCAGAUCUCCUUUACCGCUCGGGGCCCAGAAUUGAAAUUUGCCCACCCAAAAGUGGGGGACCUCCAUCUCCUCACAUUAGAACUCCCAGCUGCUGAGGAGUACCGGUUGUAUGGAGCAGCAGCUAAAGCUACUGAGUGGACUCACAGGUUUCCUAAUGUGUGGGCAGAGACAGGGGGCCUCGGGCUGGCUAAAGAACAACCCCCGGUGGUAGUCACCCUUAAACCCACUGCGGUAUCCGUGUGUGUAAGACAAUACCCGCUCAGUCGAGAAGCCCGGGAAGGCAUAAAACCCCACAUCAGGAGGUUUCUGGAACUGGGCAUUCUGAAACCAUGCCAGUCAGAGUGGAACAUUCCGCUCCUACCGGUAAGGAAGCCAGGAACAAAUGACUACAGACCGGUCCAGGAUCUGAGGGAAGUCAACUCCCGGGUAAUAGACAUUCACCCUACAGUGCCCAACCCCUAUAAUUUCCUGAGUACCUUACCUCCAGAGCGCAAUUGGUACACUGUUCUGGAUUUAAAAGAUGCCUUCUUCUGCCUACCCCUCCACCCAGAUUCCCAAAAGCUCUUUGCUUUUGAAUGGUCAGACCCUGAGGAAGGGAGGACAGGGCAGCUAACAUGGACUAGACUUCCGCAAGGAUUCAAGAACUCCCCAACUAUCUUUGAUGAGGCUCUACACCGAGACCUUCCGGAGUAUCGAGAGACCACCCCUGAUGUCACCCUCCUCCAGUAUGUGGAUGAUUUGCUCCUGGCAGCUGAAACUCAGGACGCCUGCAAGCAUGGGACUGAGAAACUUCUGGAUACCCUGGCCAGCCUGGGGUACAGGGCAUCUGCCAAAAAGGCGCAGAUCUGUCAAAACAAAGUCACCUUCCUUGGCUACUCCUUGGAGGGAGGAAAGAGGUGGCUCACGGACGCCCGAAAGCAAACCGUGGCCAGCAUACCGACUCCAACAGACUGCCGGCAGUUACGUGAAUUCCUGGGCGCAGCUGGGUUCUGCAGACUCUGGAUUCCAGGGUUCGCUGCCAUAACAGAGCCCUUCUCUCCCUUGUUAAAAGAAAAGACCCCUUUUGUUUGGCAGAAAGAACACCAGACCACGUUCGAAAACUUGAAGAGGGCAUUCCUGUCAGCUCCGGCACUUGCUCUCCCGGAUGUGAGUAAACCCUUCACCCUGUACUUGCAUGAGAAGGGUGGGGUGGCAGUCGGCGUCCUAGUACAAGCCCUCUGUCCAUGGAAGAGACCAACUGCUUACCUAUCUAAGCGGCUUGAUCCUGUGGCCAGGGGAUGGCCAACCUGCCUCCGGGCAGUGGCAGCAGCCACCAUGCUGGUAGGAAACGCAGAUAAAUUAACCCUGGGACAGCAUCUGACUAUUAUAGCUCCCGACACAUUGGAGAGCAUUGUCCGCCAACUGCCGGACCGAUGGCUCAGCAAUGCUCGGGCCACAUACUAUCAGACAACUCUCCUGGAUCGGGACCGCAUCACCUUCGGGCCCCCAUCCGUCCUGAACCCGGCCACCCUCCUCCCAGUUGUCCAACAAGAAGAGGAGGGAGAGCCAGUUCAUGACUGUGGUGCCAUCCUGGUGGAGGAAACUGGGGUCCGGACAGAUUUAACAGACCAACCGCUGGACCAACCACUGGCCAACCCGGACCUGAUAUGGUAUACAGAUGGCAGCAGUUUCCUAAAUGAGGGGCAGUGGAAAGUGGGAGCGGCAGUGGUGAACAAGAAUAAGGUCAUCUGGUCUAGUAGCCUCCCAGAGGGAACCUCGGCUCAAAAAGCUGAAUUGAUUGAACUCACCCAAGCUCUCACCAUGGCAGUGGGUAAGCGACCCACUAUCUACAUGGACAGCCGGUAUGCAUUUGCAACCACGCAUGUGCAUGGGGCUAUAUACAAGGAGAGGGGACUAUUAACUUCGGCCAGAAAAGAAAUUAAAAAUAAAAGAGAAAUCGAGGCGCUACUAGAUGCUGUCAUGCUGCCUCGUGAGCUGGUCAUCGUACAUUGCCCAGGACACCAGAAAGGCGACUCCCCAAUUGCGGCAGGGAACCGGAGGGCUGACCAGGAAGCAAGGGAAGCAGCUCUCCGGGGCAUCAGGCACCUGACGGUCCACCUAUCACCCCCUAAAAGCCCGGUCUCCGAAGAACCCCCCCCCCCCGAGUCCCUGAAGAACACUCUGGAACGAAUCCACAAGCUGACCUAUCUGGGUAGCCGGAAGUUAGUUCAACUCACUGCAGAAAAUAAAACCCACUCCCCAUCUGAAAGGAAGCGGAUGGCCGAGAAAGUGGUGGCAGACUGCCAAGCCUGCCAGCAGGUUAAUGCAUACCCUGGUCGGUUGGCUCCUGGAAAGAGACUACGAGGGAGUCGACCGGGCCAGCACUGGGAAGUAGACUUUACUGAAAUACGGUCGGCCAAAUAUGGCCUAAAGUAUUUACUAGUGUUUGUAGACAUCUUUACAGAAUGGGUAGAAGCCUACCCCACCAAAAAGGAGACUGCAGCCGUGGUCGCCAAGAAAAUUCUGGAAGAAAUCUUCCCACGAUUUGGACUGCCUCAGGUAAUUGGGUCAGAUAAUGGCCCAGCAUUCGUGGCCCAGGUAAGUCAGGGACUGGCCAAGGUACUGGGGAUUGAUUGGAAGCUGCAUUGUGCAUACAGACCCCAGAGUUCAGGACAUGUAGAAAGAAUAAAUAGAACAAUUAAGGAGACCCUAACCAAAUUGACCAUGGAGACUGGCUCUAGAGAUUGGACGAUGCUCCUACCGUAUGCCCUCAUUAGGGCUAGGAAUACCCCUUCCCUUAAAGGCCUAACCCCUUUUGAAUUGCUCUUCGGUUGUGCACCCCCAGUUAAGGACCUAGCCUUCCAGCAAGGGGAAAUCAUGCCUUCCUUCCUAUCUGACAGACUGCAAGCCUUGGCGGUCGUCCAGCACACCCUGUGGAGACAGUUGUCUGCCGCGUACCAGCCCAGUGGAGAUGGCCCUGCCCACCGGUUCCAUGUAGGGGACUUCGUGUAUGUCCGCCAGCACCAGCAUCAGACCUUGGAACCUCGGUGGAAGGGUCCCUAUCAAGUCCUGUUGGCCACUCCGACGGCAGUUAAGGUGGACGGAGUCGCUGCAUGGAUCCAUGGCUCCCAUCUCAAGCCUGCUCCUGCUCCGGACAUGGAUUUGGCCUGGACUGUGGCGUGGACUGACAAUCCUCUCAAGCUUCGGAUCUGACGUCGAGACCGGCCGGACUAACCCACACCAACCUGUGAGUCAAACGUGGCAAGUACUGUCGGGGGAAGGGGAUGUGGUUUGGGAAAAAAUUGGUAGGCACCCCCUUUGGACUUGGUGGCCUGCCCUAGAACCUGACCUUUGCCACAUGCUGGCCGGAGCAGAAGACUUUGACAUCCCCACCACUGACCCGGCCAACCCAGGUGAACCAGAAGUGUGCACCCAAAGUGGAUGCUGCCCCUGUUCACGUUACCCAGCAGGGUGCCGGGACCCAAGGGCCCGAGCAGCCCUGAGAAAGAGACCAUUCUAUGUAUGCCCUAGGGAUGGGAGGAGCAGGGCACAGGCGCACACUUGUGGGCAACAUGAAAGUUAUUAUUGUAAAUCAUGGGGAUGUGAAACUAUGGGGGAUGCUUGGUGGAAGCCGAGCUCAUCCUGGGAUCUGAUACAAGUCAAGAGGGAGGCAGGUGGGGAUGAACCCCCACUCUCUCAAGAUUACUGCCAGAGCAAGCCUAGGACGGUCACAACCCUGUGGUAUGGGUCGGGACCGUGCACAGCGUUUGCCUGCAACCCCUUGAACAUCACCUUCACCCAGACUGGAAAAGCAUCAAGGGAUUGGAUAAAGGGUAGACUAUGGGGCCUGAGGGUAUAUCACCAAACGGCCUAUGAUCCAGGAGUCCUAUUCCAAAUUAAGUUAGUAAUAAAUGCCGACCCUCAACCAAUAGGCCCUAAUAAAGUAUUGCAGGACCAGAAGGCUCCUCCUCCCAAGAAAAACAAACGGGUGCCCCCAAGACGGAUCCCCCUACCUAACUCAACCCACCAGAACCCCUCCACUCCCCCACUAACUACUCCGGCUGUUGCAAAUCCCACCCUACCAGGGUCAGGAGAACGAUUGAUAGACCUAGUUGAGGGGGGAUAUCAAGCCCUCAACUCUACUCAGCCCAACCUUACUGAAUCCUGCUGGAUUUGCCUCCAAGCAAGCCCCCCAUACUAUGAAGGGAUAGCUGUUAAUGGGAGUUUCACCUAUAACACCUCCAACAGCUGCAACUGGGGAACAAGGCACAUGCUAACUUUGCCUGAGGUGACUGGUUCGGGAACAUGCCUAGGACACUCCCCUGGGCUAGAAAGCCAGCUCUGUGCACUCAAAGUGACAGUGUCCUCAUCUGACACAUCCCAGUACAUUGUCCCCUCAUCAGGUCUAUACUGGGCAUGCAAUACUGGGAUCACACUGUGUGUCUCAGUUGCUAGUUUUAACAUCUCUAAGGAUUUCUGUGUAUUAGUUCAGAUUUACCCAAGGUUAGUUUAUUAUUCAACAGAAGAAUUUGAGGGACACUUUCUGGGCAGAACUCGGUUCAUGCGAGAGCCUGUCAGUAUCACCCUGGCAGUCCUAUUAGGGGCUGGUAUAUUGGCGGGGGUUGGGACUGGAACUGCAGCUUUGGUGGAAGGUCCUAGACAGCUAGGGAUCUUAGAAGCCACAAUACAACAAGAUCUGAGGGCAACAGAAACAUCUAUAACUGGUUUGGAAAAGUCCUUAACCUCCCUGUCAGAGGUGGCCUUGCAAAAUAGGCAUGGUCUGGACUUACUGUUUUUAAGGGAAGGAGGACUUUGCGCUGCCCUAAAGGAAAACUGUUGCUUCUAUACUGACCACACGGGGGUGGUAAGGGAGUCCAUGACAAAACUCAGGGAAAGACUAGAUGCAAGGGAAAAGGCCCUAUGAGGCUCCCAGAGCUGGUUUGAGGAAUGGUAUGAAAAAUCACACUGGAUGACCACCCUGCUCUCAGCCCUCACAGGGCCCCUAAUUGUCCUGCUCCUAGUCCUAAUGAUUGGACCAUGCGUCCUGAAUCGGAUUUCAGGCUUCGUUCAGUCCCAAGUAGAUGGGGUUAAAAUGAUGGUCCUGAGACAAAGAUAUCAGCCUAUACCAGAAACCGACCUUUAGGAUUAAAGGUCAGUACAAGAAGAGGGGGGAAUGAAGAGUUAAUAGAGAACUAUAUUCUUACUUAGGUAAAAAAAUGUUUCUGCUUAAGCUAAAACCACAGCUCUUGCAAAAG